UAUCUGAAUGAAAGAAGCUGAAGUCAAGCUGCAGCGCUAUAAAUACGUGACCAAGUAGGCCUCAAUUGGCAAAUCGAAAACUCGGACCAUGAAGGUCAAGUGGAACUGUUUCAAGUUACUGCUGUUCUGGCUAACAGCACUGACUUUCUUGGCUUUGAAAGUGGACUCGCGCAAACGUGUAAAAAUUGGAUUACACAGGAAUCCUGAACCAAUUCACCAAAAUAUAAAGAACGAACUGAAGACCCUGUCCAUCAAGCACAAACUGACGGUUGAUGAUUCAACAACAGUAGCUCCUUCGAAAUCGGAAACAAUUGAUCCAGGAUCAGGGGUGGCCAGACUGGGAAACCUCUAUAACACGGAGUAUUUUCUAUCCUUGGGCAUUGGAAAUCCCCCACAGAAGCAAAACGUACUGAUCGAUACGGGCUCUGCGAAUCUGUGGGUUUACUCAAGUAAGUGCCCAGACACGUUUAAACCCUGUGCGAGUCAGCAAAAGUACAACUCAAGUGCAUCCACAACUUACAAGGCUUUGAAUGCCACAUUCAGUAUCCAAUAUGGCUCAAAUAGGGACGGAGAAAUUAUUGCCCUCUCCGGUUUUCAAUCCCAGGACACAGUAAACAUAGCUGGAUUUUCCAUAAAAAAUCAGACAUUUGCUGAGGUCACCAAUGCACCAGAGGCCGCCGCAUUUCUCAAGUCGGAGUUCGUUGGUAUAAUGGGCUUGGGAUUCUCCAACAUUGCCAUCGACAAUAUUACCCCACCAUUCUUCAAUUUAGUAACUCAAGGUCUGAUUAAAAAGGCAGUGUUUUCCAUUUACCUAAACAGAAAUGGCACGAAUGCCAUCAAUGGUGGUGAGUUGAUUUUGGGAGGCACAGAUUCGGGUCUUUAUUCUGGAUGUCUGACCUAUGUGCCCGUUUCAACGCCAGGCUACUGGCAAUUCACAAUGAAAAGUGCCAAAGUGAGUGGGUUCAGCUUUUGCGACAAUUGCGAGGCCAUACUCGACGUGGGCACUUCUCUGAUUGUUGUGCCUGAGAAACUUCUGACCUCAAUCAAUCAAAUAUUGGGUAUUCUAGACAAGAACUCUUCGAACAGCGUCUUUUUUGUGGAUUGCUCUAGGAUCAGUGAUCUACCGGACUUCAUCUUCACCAUUGCCCACAGAGAAUUUCGCUUGAAGUCCACCGAUUAUGUGCUCCGAUAUGGAGACACUUGUGUUUCGGGAUUUACCAGCUUAAAAGGCAACACCUUGUUGAUUCUCGGCGAAGUAUUCUUGGGAGUUUACUACACGGUGUACGAUACUUUCUAUAAGCUAAUUGGAAUAGCCCCAGCAGUUCACUGAUUUACAUAAUAUUAUUCGGCUAACAUAUUAUUUCCACUAAUAACUUUUUAAUCAAAACCUAUUGUUCAUAAAAUUAACCACUUUUAAUAUGUAACCCACUUCGUAAAAUAAAGCUACUCCCAGAUUAAAAUUAA